CGCCGCGCCGACGGCCAAGACAGAUUGCGUAAUCAUCACACACUAGCUACACGUGGACGAACGACCGAGGUCUUGCUUUCACUAAUGACAGUUUGUCUUGUUUGAAAGAAGAACAAUAUGGCAGCUAAUACAUUCGCCGCUUCCCUUGUCGGUGUGUUAGAUAAAAGGAUUGACAAUUCAGCACACACUUCAUGGGAUAUCAAUAAGAUAGGAGGGAAACCGGACUGGAUGAUUAGCCGCACCCCUCACCCAAGGUGUGAAGCUUGUCAAAGUAUGUUGACCCACGUGACCCAGCUGUACUGCCCUCUUGAUGGUUCUCUUUACCACAGAACGAUUUACGUCUUCACCUGUCUGACCAGUCAGUGCCAACAACAUUCAUACAGUUUCAGGGUGUUCAGGACUCAGAAACAAGCCAAAAAUAACUCUGCUGACACUGGACGGCAGUCAGCCAUCCCUGUACAGGCGCCAGUCAAUGGUGCUGUGACCUUUGACACAGACUGGUGUGAUGAUGCUGAUGACUGGGGUGAUGAGGACGAGGCCGGAGGUGAUGAAGGUGGCUUGGAUGAUGCUAUGAAUCAGUUGGGCAUUGUCAAGGAGAAAUCAUUAGUAGCUGUGGAGGCCUCAUGUCAUCAGACUCCUGUCGUAACAGUAGACACCAGCGCUAUGACCCAGUCCAAUACUGAUGAACUGGAGCAGGGUCUUGGGCACCUCAGCCUGCAUCCAACAGAUCCCUCCUCCUCCUCACAUCCAGUGGAGCCUUUAUCUACAAAGCCAGUGUCUGCCUGGACAGAAAUGGUUUCUGAACCCCUUGCAAAUGGUGAGAGUGUUCCAGAACUUGUCUCCUUCUUCAUCAAUGUCUUUGACGAGCCUUCAGCGAUGAGUGAAGAUCUGCUGUCUCACGAGCAUCGGUUGAUGAGGGAAUACCAAGAGAGGGAGGGAGUCUCAUUAUCCGAAUGGCAGGAGGAUGCUCAUGGUAAGAGUGGUAGCGGAGGAGAUGGAGGUGGAGGUGAAGGGUACGAGAAGGUCACAGCCAAGCACGGAGACAGAACCUUCCAGAAGUUUGUCAAAAAGAUCCAGUCCUGCCCCGAACAGUGUAUAAGGUACUGUUACGGUGGGAAGCCUCUUUGGAUGACCGACCCCAACCAACAGCAAUCAACCAACGUACCAGUCUGUGCUUACUGUGGUAGCAAGAGACACUUUGAAUUUCAACUCAUGCCUGCUUUAUUACCUUCUCUACAGCUACCAGAGCAACCAGCACCACCUAUUGACUUUGGUGUUCUUGCAGUCUACACCUGUUCCAGGAGCUGUUGGACAGAAGACUGCAGUGAUGUGCUCAGGGAGGAAGCACUCGUCGUUCAGCACGACCCAGACAGUAAUGCCAUUGUUCAGGCAGAACAAAAGUUGAAACAACUCCAACAGAGUCAAAGAUAAUUUCAAUCUAGCGUGCAAUAAAUUAUAUCCUAUGUUACAUGUUUGGAUGAAGCAAGAAUUAAAAAAAAUGAUUGAAUAAGGGAAGAUACUGAUAAGAAGUGCUCAUAACAUUUUCUCUCACUGAAGACACUUGGUUAAUUCUUUACUGCUGCUACAGACAUUUCGGUGCCCUUUUUGAUGUAUGAAUCAAAUAUAUAUUGUAUAUCUUUACUUUUCUUCAAAGAAUGAACUGUUAUCCUUAUCUUUUAUAAUUAAAAGAGAAUGUAUUGAAAAA